CCUUCUCAUACUACCUUUCCUUCUCUAUCCUCAUACAUACCAAAACAAUUUUCAGCAAGCUUCUCCAUUUUAACACACACUCUUCAGUUGCAGUGACUCAUCCAUGGUGGUAGAGUGGUAUACCUUUGUAUGUAUUUGCAUCGUUGGAUUUUCCAUCCUAUCUGCCUUAUAUGUACUAUGGAUAAACGAAGGACCCUCUUCCUCUCAAAGCGAUUUCGAUAUUCUGGUUAACACCCUUCUGGUGGCCUCACCCUUACCAGACAAUAGAGUCACCAUAGGUCAUGUCACCACUUCCCAACUAUGGACAAGCUGUUGGCGAGGAGUCCAUCCUCUCGUGUUGUUGGCUACACGUUUCUUUUCCCUUCUCAGCUUGGUUGUGUUGUUAUCAUUCGAUCUUCAUGAAUACGACGCAACCAUAUUUUACUACUAUACCGAGUGGACUUUCACAUUAGUAAUGAUAUAUUUUGCGUUGGGGACAACAGUAUCUGCAUAUGGAUGUUGGAAGUUGUUGAACAAAACUCCUUUGGUUCAAAAUGGAGAGUUUCUGAGAAGAGAUUUGGAAACAAAAAAUUUCACCAGGUAUGAUGAACAAGAGUUUGAACAAGCAGCAGGUUUUUGGGGUUACCUCAUGCAAAUUACCUACCAGACUAGUGCAGGGGCUGUUAUCUUAACAGAUAUUGUUUUUUGGUGUGUAAUUGUCCCAUUCUUAUCCAUUUCUCGUUUUAAAUUAAACAUGUUGAUGGGUUGCAUGCAUACUUUGAAUGUAGUUUUCCUUCUUUUGGAUACAAUGCUGAACAAUCUUUCUUUUCCGUGGUUUAGAAUCGCGUAUUUUGUGCUUUGGAGCUGCUCCUAUGUUAUUUUUCAAUGGGUUAUACAUGCAUGUGGUUUCACAUGGUGGCCUUAUCCAUUUCUCGAGCUUAAUACGCCAUGGUGUUCUCUAUGGUAUAUCUGCAUGGCGGUAGCUCACAUACCCUGCUACGGCAUCUAUUCAUUGAUAGUGAAAGCAAAAGUUGAUAUUCUUCCUAGAUUCUUCCCUCAUGCCUUCUCGAGGUCAUACUAGUUUCGUUGUCGAUAUAGUUUUAAAUUGCAAUUGCAGAUACACGACGAGUUGUUAUAUUAUGUUGAAACGCGGACAAAUGGAGUCAUAGUUAAGAUUGUGAUGAUGCCUUUGCAUUGACAUUUAAAAGUGAUAGUGAAAAGUAGUGGCUUCUUCUUUUUCUUUCAAAAGUGUACUUUCAUAUUGGAUUAGUACUACUGCUAAUUUUGAAUGGUUUUUGUACU